AUGCCUGCGACUGCCAAACCCGUGUUGCGAAUUAUAAUUGCAGUAUUCCGAAACUAUGCCGAUUUUGUGAACACGCGUAUCGCGAAGGCGCAGAGCGACUACGAGAAGCUCGACCCCAGGCACCAGCAAUUGUUAACACAUUUUCCCAAAAGGAUAGAGGCCCUGUACGAGGCGGUGGAUGCCAAUCAGCAACUGUUGUUUGAGGUCACGAAACCGCACAGGAUCUUCCUGAAUGACGACGCACUUGACACUGAGAAAGAGAUGGAAUACGCCGACGGCAAGAAGUUCACGAUAGAUGAGCACAAGAAGGUGCGCUCGACACUCAAACAGUUUGUGCGCGAUUGGAGUGAGGAAGGCGCAGAGGAGAGAAGCCAAUGCUACCAGCCCAUAGUAGACGCAGUCACCGAUCGGUUUAAGGAUGUUACUGACAAAUCUCAACUUCGAGUGCUAGUACCGGGAGCGGGUCUUGGGCGGCUCGCCUUUGAGUUCGCAAAGUUGGGGUUCAGCUGCGAAGGCAAUGAGUUUUCCUUCUACAUGCUGGUUGCGUCUAAUUUUAUCCUGAAUAGGUCCGGUCCCCCCGUGGAUAUCUACCCGUGGGUGCACGAGUUCUCAAAUCACAUCGACGCAGACGAUCAAUACAGAGCGAUAUCAAUCCCCGAUGUAGAGCCAGCCAAACACCUGGGCAACGGCAGUGCUGAAUUCAGCAUGACGGCCGGGGAUUUUUUAGAUUGCUAUGUUACUGAAGGUAAAUUUGACGCGGUCGCAUCAUGUUACUUUAUUGAUACGGCGAAGAAUAUAAUACAAUAUAUAGAGCGCAUUUACGACAUUCUGAAGCCCGGGGGCGUCUUUGUCAACAUGGGGCCUCUGCUGUACCAUUUUUCUGAUAGCCCUGAACUGUCUAUCGAAUUGAGUUAUGAAGAGGUAAAGGAUGUGAUGCUGGCCACCGGGUUUGUGAUUGAGGAGGAGCGCAGAGGCAUUCAUUCAAACUAUAUAGGCAACACGAAAUCACUGUACAACAUAUCAUACGAGUGCGUCUUCUUCGUCGCGUCAAAGCCUAGUAAAGCAGAAAAUAAAUCCUAAGCACUA